AUGGCAGACACAGCAAGGAGGAGGGUUAAAGCGAUCGUGAUAGGUGCCGGUGUCGGAGGUACAGCUACAGCAGCGAGACUCGCUCAUGCGGGGUUCGAUGUGGAAGUGUACGAGAAGAAUGAGAUGUCGGGUGGGAGAUGCAGUCUGAUCCAUCAUGAGGGGUAUAGGUUUGAUCAGGGCCCUUCGCUCCUUUUGCUUCCUCCACUAUUUCAUCAACUCUACCAUGACCUAGGUACCAAGUUGGAAGAUCACGUUGAUCUGAUACAGUGUGACCCCAACUAUGUGAUACACUAUCACGAUGGUGAGAAAGUCACGCUGAGUUCCGAUCGAGCGCAAUUAGGAGCAGAGGUCGAGAAAUGGGAAGGUAAAGGUGGAUCAGCGAGGUUGGAAGGGUUCCUAAGAGAAGCAGGAAUACACGCUCAAUUAUCAUACGAACACGUCCUCGGACAGUCAUUUCCCAAUUUGCUGUCUAUGCUCAGACCGGACGUCCUGAUCAACUUGCUCAAGCUGCAUCCUUUUGGUAGUCUCUGGGGUAGAUGUGCAAGGUAUUUUAGGACGGAGAGGAUGAGAAGGGCUUUUAGUUUCGGUAGUAUGUAUCUAGGUAGCUCACCAUUCGAUGCACCUGGUACGUAUACGCUACUACAGUGGACAGAGACAUGCGAGGGGAUAUGGUACCCUAAAGGAGGUUUCCAUUCGGUCGUACAAUCCCUCGUCGACAUUUCUCAACGAUUCGGAGCCAAAUAUCACUUCUCCACACCUAUUUCGUCAGUCAUUCAUGAUUCCAGAGGGAGAGCUACAGGUGUGCGGCUAGAAAAUGGAGAUGUCAGAGAGGCAGAUGUGGUAGUCGUCAAUGCGGAUCUAGUCUGGGCGCAUAACAACUUGUUUGAGAAGGUUGGGGAUGGUAUUGAACAGGAUAAGGAGAAAAAACGACUAUUAGAUCCCAACCUUGCGAAGAGGUUGAAUGAUAAACCUCAUUCGUGCUCUUCCAUAUCAUUCUACUGGGCUCUAGACUCGACCAUCCCUUCGCUCAAUGCUCAUAACAUCUUUUUAGCUGAGGAUUACAAAGGCUCGUUCGAUGAUAUAUUCAAAAGAAAAGGGAUGCCGAGAGAGCCCAGUUUCUAUGUGAAUGUUCCAUCUAGAGUUGACCCCACAGCCGCCCCAGCAGGAAAAGACGCCGUCGUGAUCCUAGUGCCAGUAGGACACCUGCAUGAUAUCACAAAAGAUCAACAAGGUUUACGUACGUUCUCCGAAGGAUCAAAUGUGCCCGAUCAAGAUACCCAGGAUUGGCCGGCGUUGGUGGACAGAGCUAGGAAACAGGUCAUCGAAGUGAUGGAGGCUCGUCUGGGUAUCAAAGGUCUCAAGGAGAAGAUUGUGUGGGAAGGAGUGAAUACGCCUCAGACGUGGAAGGAUAAAUUCAAUUUGACUCAUGGAUCUAUACUCGGUAUAACUCACGAUUUUUUCAAUGUUCUGUCUUUCCGCCAACAGGCCAGACAUCCUUCCUUGAAAGGUGCUUAUUUCGUUGGAGCCAGUGCUCAUCCAGGUACAGGGGUGCCAAUUGCCAUUGCAGGUUCUCGACUAUGUACCCAAGCUAUCUUAUCCGAUUUAUCUAUACCUCUACCUCACACUUACACCCAUCCCCUUUACUCGAUCAAUCGUUGGAAUCCAUUAAAUACUAUUCAACCUUCAUCGAUACUGUACACCCUCGAGAACGUCUUUAUCAACUCGUUACCUUAUAUCAUCGGAUCGAUCAUCACCAUAUGUGGUUGUGUAGCCUAUACGUUAUAUUACAAAUCCCCGCCUAGCUUCAUCCCUCAGCGGAAUAUCGAUAGAUUCACAUGGUCCUGUCUCCGAGGUAUCCUCACGACAGGAGAUAAAGAGAUUGAUUUGAUCGUGUUGAUCAUCUUGACCAUGGUGAGCGUAUUGCUCUUAGCGUUCAGGCUGGUUCCCCCAGGUGAACCUCAGUGGAUGAUGGAUGCGAGAGAGAAUGCAAGACAUAAUGAGAAUAUGAAGAAAGAGAAAAUGAAGUAUAUGGAAAAGCAAUUACAAGCUCAACAGGAAUGGCUGGAUAGUCAGAGUAAGCAAAAGAAGUGA